AUGACAAAAAGCGUUACCACCGAGGCUCCCCCAAACGUACAAAUUCAAACGAUUGCCGAUAUUACAAAGCCGAAACAAAAAGUUGGUGCUGUUCUUUACGAUAUUAAUAUAAAUUUAAAUUAUGUGCAAGUCUGUGCGGCUACACGUUAUCUAAAAGAUAAAGAUUGCGCUUUAAUUGCAGCCGGCACGGACUGGCUGUUGCCAAUGACAACCGAUUUAACAAUACCAGGAUUCUGUGAUACGCUCGAAACAAUACAGAGGUUUACGCACAAGGAGGCUAUAAUUGUCAGCAAACCGGCGGCAUUGUUGGGUGACAUAGUGAAGGAAAUUUACAAAUUGAAAGAUCCAAAACGUUGCCUGUUUAUUGGCGAUUCUAUGACGCACGAUAUACGCUUCGCUCUCGCAGUUGGCUUUCAAGCGUUGCUGGUUUUGUCCGGUAGCACUCCGAAAGAGGAAAUGUUGGCAGCCGACAUUGAGCAGCAACCUGAUUAUUACGCGGAUGGCAUAGCCGAUUUCAUAACACUUUUUGAAAAUAUUACAAAUGCUUAGAGUAAAACCGUAGUAGUAUUAUUUUUACUAAAUGUUGGCAAGUAUGUAUUUUUAUAGCCUUGCAAAACGUAUUCGAAAUAUAAUAAAUCUUCAUAUCA